AUGGAUGAUUUCGAAGGUUCCUACGCACCGCAAUCACCAGAUCUUUCCGGGUUCCAAACAUUCGACGAUCCAGAUCCGUUUUCAGCUCCCUACUACCCACCCCAGCAAACUUCCUACCAACCUUCAUAUCUCCAGCAGCCCUCGAACCACGACCCAUUCUCGUUCGACCAACCACCACCACAACACCAACAACAAUCAUUUCCAGCCCAAUAUCAACCACCAAUCAUGCCCCCCACGAACGGAAAAGCCAAAUCUCGCGCCAAAAGUGAGGAAGACGAGUUCACUCCGGAGGCACCAGCAAAGGCGAAAGGUCCAGGCCGCAAGUCAAAGAAACAGAAGGUCGAGGAAGAAGUUUGUGCUAAGCCGGCGCCAGGGGUGGAGGAAGGCAUUGAGGUGAAGACAAAAUUUCCGGUCGCGAGGAUAAAGCGCAUCAUGCAGGCGGAUGAGGAUGUGGGCAAGGUGGCGCAGGUUACGCCAACCGCUGUUUCCAAAGCGCUCGAACUUUUCAUGAUCUCGGUGGUUACCAAAGCGGCCAACGAGGCACGAGCAAAACAGUCAAAGCGCGUCACGGCAGCCCAUCUGAAGCAAGCGGUGGUGAAAGACGACCAGUUGGAUUUCUUGGCGGAUAUCAUAUCAAGGGUGCCGGAUGCACCUACGGCAUCGAAGAAGGAGAAAGAGGAGGAAAGUGAGGAGGGUGGAGAAGGGAAGCGGAAGAAGAAGGGUGGGAUCAAGAGAAAGAAGAAGGACGAUGAUGACUUCUAA